GCAGCUUCAGCGAAAGGGAGGCUGGAGAGCAGCGGGUUGCCUGCAGAAACGGGUCACAGAAUUCAGUAACAAUGGGGAACGUUUUUGAAAAAUUGUUUAAAAGUCUCUUUGGGAAAAAGGAGAUGCGGAUUCUUAUGGUGGGUUUGGAUGCCGCUGGAAAAACCACCAUCUUGUACAAACUGAAGCUGGGAGAGAUUGUGACCACCAUCCCCACGAUAGGUUUCAACGUGGAGACAGUAGAAUAUAAAAACAUCAGCUUCACAGUCUGGGAUGUCGGCGGCCAGGACAAAAUCAGACCUCUGUGGCGACAUUAUUUCCAGAACACACAAGGUCUGAUUUUCGUGGUCGACAGUAAUGACAGAGAGCGGGUCAAUGAAGCCCGAGAAGAACUAACCAGAAUGUUAGCUGAAGACGAGCUCAGAGAUGCAGUCUUAUUGGUGUUUGUAAAUAAACAGGAUCUUCCCAAUGCUAUGAACACAGCAGAGAUAACAGACAAGCUUGGCUUACAUUCCCUCCGCCAGAGAAACUGGUACAUUCAGGCCACUUGCGCCACCAGUGGAGAUGGGCUUUAUGAAGGCCUGGACUGGCUCUCCAACCAGCUCAAAAACCAGAAGUGACGGGAGGUGCCGCGCUCCCCGUGCGUCGUGGCGAAGUCAGCUGGCCUCUUGUGUGUGCAUGUGUGCGUGUGAGGAGCCGAGUGUGGGUGUGUGGCCGGGCGUGGGAGCAGCUUUCUCACAUAGUGCCUUAUACACGCUCUAAAGAAACCAGUCUUACAUGUUAAGAACAACCAGUGUUACAUUUUCUACACUACCUUCCAUUUCAGUAGCUUUGAUGACCAGUUUUGCAGUCCAUGAGGGAGUCCCAAGGGCUCCCCCAUGCCCGAGAGCUGGACUGGUCUUUGUGAUGGGAAAGUUGGGGGAGGGUGGGCUGUGGACUGCCUUCACUUGUGUGAUCUUGGCUCAGGCCUGGGGUCUCUGCACACCUGGGGAUCCUGUUAGACUCUGGCAUCCUUUUGUUAAAAAAAAAAAAGAAGGCUCAAAUUAAAAAGGCCCUUGCUUGCCACAGAUAUAAAGUUCAAUUCUGAACUUGUUUUCUAGCCCAGAGGUCCUGGUUUAAUGUACGUUACUGAGAGAAAUCAGUGAUCUUAUUCUAUGAGAAGAAAAAAAAAAAAACCCAUAACACUAGACUCUGUAACACUAGAAAAUCAUUGAAUCCUUCCUUCCUUUGACUCUUAUUUGCCAAAUGGAGACCCUCUGGGGUGGGCACCCAGCGCAUGGCAAGGCUCUUUGCCAGGGAUGCCCCGCCAGGCCCCAGGCUGGGUUAAGGAAGGGCAAUGCCUUCGUGUUCCUCGUCACCUCUCUGAGGCUGCUGCCCAGACUCCUCUGCUCUGCACCGAAUGUUCUCCGCCUGAAGCAGGAGCUUGGCUCCCCAGAUGGAAGCAGAACCACGUACAGUAUGUCAGUCCAACGUGCAGUUUGGGUUAGCUGCUCUUCGUAGAACCACACACCCGGGAGUUCUGAGAGUUUGUGAGAGAAUCAAGGGGUUAAAUUUGGGCAACGAGAUGCCCGGCAGCCAAGUUGGUUGGUGCUAAAUUUUGCCAUGAAGGAUGUCUCAUCCAGGCCACUCUCCGUGGCACUGGGACUCCCUCUUCUGGUUGGCAAUCAUGGAAUUUUCCAUGCCAUGGAAUCAUGGCAAAUGUGGAAAUGUGCUCUAUGUUAUCCUCAAAAUAGAGGUAACAACGGCCUGGAAAUGAGCUGGGUUUGCUCAGUAGUCUAGAGCUGUUUUGUCCAGACAGCUGUUGUCCAAAUUUGUACCUAAGCUCUUCCACUAUUACCUUUUAAAAUUGCUUUUUC